GCGGCUCCUCUCCGCCCCGGAGGAGGCGCCUUUUUCCCCUGCCCGGCCGCUGCUGGUCCCCGGCUGCGCCGUCCGGCCCUGGCUCGGCGGCUGGGCGAGGGGAGGACCAUGAGCGCCUUGCGGGACGUCUCGCUGCAGGACCCGCGGCUGCGCUACGAGCUCAUCCAGCGCAUCGGCUCCGGCACCUACGGCGACGUUUACAAGGGCCGAGAUACCGAAACUGGAGAGCUGGCAGCCAUCAAAAUUGUGAAAAUUGACCCAGGGGAUGACAUCGGAUCGAUUCAGCAAGAAAUCACCACCCUCAGGGAUUGUCGCCAUCACAACGUUGUGAUGUAUUUUGGAAGCUACCUCAGGAAUGAUCGACUGUGGAUUUGCAUGGAAUAUUGUGGAGGAGGGUCCUUGCAGGAGAUCUACCACAGUACUGGGCCUCUAUCUGAAAAACAGAUUGCCUAUGUCUGCAGAGAAACCCUCCAGGGGCUUCACCACUUGCACACCAAAGGGAAAAUGCACAGAGACAUUAAGGGGGCCAAUAUCCUGCUGACGACCAACGGCGACGUCAAACUGGCGGACUUUGGGGUCUCGGCAGAAUUAACCGCUUCGGUGGCCAAGCGAAAAUCGUUCAUCGGAACGCCCUAUUGGAUGGCGCCAGAGGUGGCCGCGGUGGAGAAGAAAGGCGGCUACAACCAGCUGUGCGACAUCUGGGCCCUGGGCAUCACCGCUAUUGAACUGGCAGAGCUGCAGCCCCCUCUCUUCGACCUGCACCCCAUGAGAGCUCUGAUGUUGAUGUCGAAGAGCAACUUCCAGCCCCCCAAGCUAAAAGAUAAGGCGUGUUGGUCUCCUGAUUUUCACCACUUCCUCAAACUCUCCCUGACCAAAAAUCCCAGAAAACGACCAGUGGCAGAAAAACUCUUGCAGCAUCCUUUCGUCUGCCAGCCUUUAGCUCGUGUUCUCGUCAUUGAAUUACUGGAUAAAGCCACAAACCCUGAAUUGGCUGCUACUGCCUUGGACGAUGGGGAUUUCGAGGCUUACGACGUUUUCCCUGAUAAAAUCUGCUCGAGUAAGCCACAUGGGCCGGCAGAAGGCACCCUGUCGGAGAUCCAGCUUAACCAGGUUAAAUUCGGCCCUCCGCUAAGGAAAGAAACGGAGCCGUGGGGCAACUCACAGACGGAAGAAGAGGAAGAGAAUUGGAUGGUGCUUGGAGAUGGAGGGAGCCUCCUUCAGUCCGUCGAAGAAGCCCUGGAAGAGAGGAGUCUAACCAUCCGCCCAGCACGUCCUACAGAGCAGACUCAGGAAGAGCAGCAGACAGGCGGACUUGGAGAAGACGUUUCCGGCACGAUCAAAAGGGGACCCUUUUGGGAUUUUCUUAACCUGGAGCUCGCAUACAAGGCUCCUUGGGAGCAGGACGGGGAGCGCUCGGAUCUGGAGGGGCCCAGGGACCACACCGUCCCAGGCAACACGGCCUUCGGUGAGACGUCAGAUGCUCCUGUGACGGAUUCUCCCAAACCUGCAGACUGCCUCCUUUCCACUGAAUGGGCCACCAUGAAGAAGAAGGAGGAAGCCACCAGGUUGCUGUGCCGCGGAUUGCCCCCUACACCCAAAGUUCAUAUGGGAGCUUGUUUUUCCAAAGUUUUCAAUGGCUGCCCGCUGAAGAUUAACUCCACUACAACGUGGAUCCAUCCAGAAACACGAGGUAGGGAUUUAUUUCUGUCCCAUCAGCUCCUUCCUCACCGAUGCUCUUGGCUCUACUGUAUCAACAACACCCUUCUGACUUUGGCAGGAAAGUCUCCCCAGAUCUCUUCACACAACCUCUUGGGCCUCUUCGAGCAGCGCCGUCAGCUUCAAAAGCGACCGGUCCCUCUUUCCAUUGCCACCAACCGACUGACGGAGAGGAUCAUCCCCAGGAAGUUUGCUCUGUCAGCCAAGAUAGCAGAUACCAAAGGGUGCCUUAAGUGUCAAAUUGUCCGAAAUCCUUACUCAGGAAACACCUUUCUGUGUGCCGCACUGCCCUCCAGCCUGGCCCUCCUACAGUGGUACGAACCUUUGCAGAAAUUUAUGCUACUGAAGCACGUCCCUGUGCUGCUACCCGACCCCCUUUCCCUGUUUGAGCUGCUGGUCGUGGAGACGGAGGAAUACCCGCAAGUGUGCUUCGGUGUCACCGGCAGCGAUCAGCCGGGGGCCGAGCUGCAUUUCAGCGUCCUCUCGCUCAGCACUGGCCACACCACCUCCAGCCCUUCCAAACGUCCUCUUGUCCUGGCCAGCCACGUCACUCAGAUGGACCGAGAUACUGUCCUCGUUUGUUUUGAACGCUGCGUCCGGGUCGUGAAUCUGCGGGGGACACCGCAAGGCGUGUUCACACCCGAGCUUGUUUUCAAUUUCCCCAUCGAAACCAUCGUGUGCCUUCAAGACAGUGUCUUGGCUUUCUGGAAACAUGGCAUGCAAGGCCGAAGCCUGGAAUCUAGUGAGGUGACCCAGGAGGUCACAGACGAAUCCAGGGUGUUCCGAGUCUUGGGUGCUCACAGGGACAUCAUCCUUGAGAGCACCCCAACGGACAAUCCCAUGGCGCACAGCAACCUCUACAUCCUGACGGGUCACGAGAGCAGCUACUAACUUUCCUCCCGGUUGCCACUCCGAGACCCUAUGUAUGCAACAGAUCCUUCCUGGAGCCAAUUGCCGAUGGCAGCCAACCGUGCUGGCAUAGGAGAUGCUCUGGGUGGGCGUUGACAAGAGACGGGUCAUACGGUCCCGGAUCCUGGACCGACUGCUGGUUGAGCUCCAGGAGGUUGUCUUGGUGCCUGGCGAGCAUGGCUCCCCAUAUUUGGGGGCAGUGUUUCUUGAGAUAAUUCUGCAAUAAUUCAACCACUUGGCAGUCGGGAGAAUCUUGCCCCCGCGCCCCCCCCCCAUCCUGGCUGACACCUUGUGCCUGCUCGAAUGCUUCUUCCUUUUUUUCCCCCUGGCUCCUCUUCCUUUUUUAAAAAAAUGCGUAGGAGUCGUGCAUGGUGACGGCGUGCGGGCGCCGCAUCUUGGCACGGCCGAUAGGGUGAAGACAAUCGUUUGCCACAGGUAUAGAACUGCACCUUCCUUUCUUAAGCUUCAGCUUUAAUGUCCUCAGGGCGCUUUGAAGUUCUGGGCUGUUGUUCUGGAAUAGAGGAUGAGGGAUGCAUGUUUAUUUGGAGGCCAGUCGACUGGAGCAAUUAGGAUCCUGCCCAGGACAAGCCAAACAGAGUGACUGUUACUGGAAUGGAUGUGAUAGUUUGGUUCUGCGUGGUUGUUUGUGUGUGGGGUGGUAAGACUAGUUGUGGUUUUCUGUUUUUUUUUUAAUCUUUUUAAUGACUAUUUCAAAUGGCUAAAGGAGAUACUAAGUGAGCAAUUCCAAUCUGGAAACCAGAUCUAUGGUUCUACAGAUGCCAACUCCCAGAAUUCCCAAAGGACAAUAGGCCGAGGCUAUGGAUGGCCAUUGCUAGAAAAGAAUUGAGUUAUGGACGGCAGGGAACAAUUCACUGUUAAGAACCCAGAUGAGUGCACCAUUUCCAAAGAUGUGGACUUCAAUUCCCAGAAUUCCCUAGCCAUCGUGACCGUUGCUGAGAAUUCUGGGAGCUGAAGGUCACUCUUCGGGUGUCUGGAUUUCAACCCCCAGAAGUCCCCAGCCGCUAUAUGCAGAGUUCUGGAAGAGUAACUUCAAACAUCUGGACUGUUAGAUGUGCUGAGUAGCCUUUCCUCGUAUCCCUGGUGGGCAGAUGCCUUUUAAGUCCCACCCACCUGGAGAAUCUCAGGGGAGGAAACUGGUUGUUAGCGGGUCUUAAGUACAGAAUUAACACGUGGUUGAAACUGUGGCCUUCUGGGCAUUGUAGUCCUUGACUCACAAAUGUAAUAGAGCCCGGAAUAAUGGUCACACAAGUCAUUGUGGUUGUACGUCAACACAACCACAUGAUCAGAAGUAAUUUUCUGGUCUGUUUGAUUGCAAUUUAAGCAAACCCAAUUCAUUUGAAGGGGUAAUUUUUGCCAGAAAUUAGCAAAAAAAAAUAUGCCAGAAACUGGCAAAAAAAAAACAACCAACCCAAAUCACAUGCAAAUCACGGUCGUGAUGGUGAAAUGCCAUGCUGGGUCAUAUAAAGCUGACAUGUCACAUAGACAGGAGCAGUUGAACCCUGGUUGGGUAUGUUUUCUGUUAAAAAAAUGGCUUUUUAAUGGCCAUCAUAACUUCAGUUUGAUGGCUGUCUAACUGCAAAUGGUUCCAUGACUUGUUCUGUGGCUGUCGUAACUUCAGACUGUUGUUAAAAACGUCUGCUUGUUAAGUGAGGAUUUACCUCUGCAGUAUUGCAAAACUCAAACUCCCAGCAUUCUGUUCUGUUGUUGUUCCUGUUUGGCCAGGUUGCUGGCCCUUGUAGUUUAGAAUUACUACUUAGUUGAGAGAUUUCUCAUGCCUGUUCUACAAAACUUCAAACAAAGUUAUGGCCAAGCUUUUCCACAAAACAGCACUUCCCAAAGCUGUAGAACAAGGGCCUUCAACCUUGGCAAGUUUAAGACUUGUGGACUUUAACUCCCAGAGUUCCUGAGCUAACAUGACUGGGGGGGGGGGGGAUUCUGGGAGUUGAAGUCCACAAAGCUGUCAAGUUUGAAGACCCCUGCUCUAGAGAAUCGAAAGCAAGCAUCAACCCAGUCCUGCAGUUGUUCACAUCUGGGACCAAAACACUAAAUGCAUGCAUCUGUUAAGUGAUGCUUGGUUUGUAAAAAGAGAGAGAAAAAAACAACAACCCCAAAGAUUAGAUGUAGCUCAUGGUUGAAUGUGUACAUCCCACCUCUUCAAAAAUAGCAGCCUUGGGAAGACUCCCUCAUUGGGGAGGAAGUGGCACACAGGAAAAAAAAAAAAUCCUGGAGAAACUUUUCCCUAGGUGCCAAGUACAUAAAAAACACCUUUGCUCACUGGUUUCUGAAACCAUUUUUUUCCAGGCUACCAUGUCCAAACGCAAAAAGCAGCGUUCUCUUUGGUUACUGCAAGAAGCAGUUAGAUGUCUACAGUUGUGCAGGCCUCAAGGCCAGCCGGAUGUGCAAGUUGCGACGCAUUAAAUGCUGCUUGAAUAACCAGGAGGCAUUGUGGGUGGGUGGGUGGGUGGGGCUGGUUCAGGGAAAGACAAAGAUUUGAAGGCCCAGGGAAGCAAUUUGGAGAUGUGAGGGUGCCGCCAGGAAUUAAUUGCCCAAAUGGAGAGAGGGGUACCUUUAGGCAGCCCAAAUGGAAAUCAAAAAGGCUACUUCAACAGGUUGACAUUUCUGUGACAAAACAUCUUUCAAUGUUUUUUCUUUUAAGAUGUGUAGACUUCAGCUCCCAGAAUUCCCCAGCCUGGCUGACUGGGAUACUCUGGGAAUUGAAGUUCACGCAUCUUACAGCUGCCAAGGUUGAUUGAAUCUGAGGUCACUAGGAAGUGGCGGUUAUUCUUUGCAAACCCCGAAGCCCAGAACAAACUCUCUGAACAUCAGAAUCUCAAUCUUGGCUUGUUUAGGCAGUAACCACAAUCCUCCUGAACUCCGAUGGUAUGGCUUUUCCUUCCCAGAAUGCUGCUCUUUUUUUCCCCUUUCUUCCCCUUUUUCUCCUUGUGUUUUAUAACUGCUAAAGCUGGAAUGUUGUUGUCCUGAGAAAAUCCAGACUUGAAAAAAAGAGAGAGAGAGAGAGAAGAAAAUAUAGCUAUUUAACAUAGAGAAGGAUAUUAAAUUGUGAUAUUUUACUCCCCGGUGGAAUGGCUUUGAUUUUUGUUAAAAAAUUAAAAAAUAAAAGUAGAGAAUUCUUGCA